AUGGACAGCCACAAUAAUAGCAACAUUUUACGGAACUAUAAGAAAAGCGUCCAAGAUUUAAAAAGAGUCAAAACAUCAGAAUUUAAUUUAAACCUGGACACAGGACCUGAAAACUACCAAAAAAUGAGCCCUGCUAAUGGGAUAGGUAAAAACGAUGCGACCUAUACAAUCUCACACGGUGAAAUUGACAUUUUUCCAAAUAGUAAUCACUCUCAUGCGAAUUCAUUCUCGGAUAAUAGACCCUUCUUAUGCGAUUCCAGAACAUACUACAGUAAGCACAGCAGCCACAGCAACUAUAGCAUCCAUAAGAACCCUUUCACAGGAGUAACACAUAUGGGAAAGCAGAAAAUAACGAAAGACAAAUAUGAGAGUAAUAUUUUCAGCGUAAAAAAAGCCCACCUAAAUGUGAAAAACAAAUUUGCAAGGAAUAACAGUGCAACGAAAUAUGGAAUAAAUCUAAACAAAUCUCUCGACAAAGUUAGCAAAAUAAGAAUUACGCAGAAGUUUAGAAGAAACAUUCACAGCCACACCAAUGAAAGGGAUGAACACCGAAUCGGCACCUUCGAACACAGUAACUUUUUCGAGAAAAAUACUACACGGGACAACACUAAAGGCACAACUGAUAGUAACAACAACAUGAAGUUUAAAGAUUUUUAUCACAAUAGAUUAGACAGCGCAAGUACAUGCGAUAGGGAAGUAGGAACAAAUGACAAAAAGGUUAACCACUACAAGAUCAACUCCUUUCAUGAUAGCCCCCAGAAUUCAAUUAAAAAAUGUCUAAAUGAGGUAGCGAAAGAGAAUGGAAAAGAUAUCAAUUCUAAUUUCCCCCGAAGUAAUCAAAUUAAAUGCAAACCAACUGUCAUUCCCUGUGGAAUCAUUUCGUUGAGUACAAAACACACUGCCAUAUUUAACGCUAAAACAGAAUUUCCACUUCACUUCCCCCAUAUGAAUCAUUCUGAAAAAUUAAAAAAUGUAAACACCCCUCAUUUGAAUAACGAUUCUGAAUGUUACAGUCGUAAUUAUGCCAACGUUAAAAUGGGAAACAACCCCUCUGAGCGUAAUGCUUUCCAAAAAAGUAACUCCACCCAAAAACGCCACCUCACCUAUGGCGUGAAUCAACAGAUGGAAUACAUCAACCUUUCAUAUUAUUUAAGUAACCACAUAGAGGGGGAAAAAAGCAAGAACCAAAAAAACAACAAAGCUGAGGACUUAAAGAGGACCAACGAGACAAUUUAUAAUAAAAGUGCGAACUGGAACCUUUCAGUUAUCCAAUUCAUGAAUGAGUAUAUGGACAAUAAACAGUAUCUUCAAAAUUUACAAAAAUUUAAUGACGGCCCGAAGAAUAAUCCUGCCGGAAAGACAAACCCAUUCAUUAAUAAUUUCAGAUUGAGACACUCAUUUGAUAUGAGCAGAAACAGCAAAGCGGUUAAAAAUAAUAAAUCCACAAACAAUAAUUAUUUUAAAAAAUCUGUAGAUGGCAAAAACACGAAAUCAAAGCUGUACGAAAAUUACGCAGACUUUGAAAAGGAAUUCAGGGAUAAAACGAAUGAACAAACUGCAUUUUUAUUUGCUCAAAAUAAUUAUGAUGAAAAACAUCAUCCACAUUAUCCUUUUAGCAAAUAUAAUAGCAGUGAAAGACGCACACAUAGCAAUAUGGGUGAAAAAAACGGUGUUGUGAAAAGUAAACCACUAGAAACAUGCGACGGGGGUUGUGAAAAACAAGAAAUUAAAAAAGUCAGUGCACACAUAAUUAAUAUUCCCCUAAAUUUCACAUUAAAAAAGAAAAAAUUUAUAAAUCAUAAAAAUAUUAUUCAAGAUACAUCAGGUAAGAAAGAACCUAAUUACACAAACGCAUUGUUAACUGACCGUUAUAGGAAUUUUUUAAAAACAGAAAAAGGACAAAAACAACAGAAUACAAAUUUUAACCAUAAAGGAGAAAUUUCCAAUGAAGGUGAAUUCCUUAGUUGUUUUUUAAAAGAGGAUUUGCAUGAUGAACAAUGUAUGCAUGUUGAUAAAUUAUUUAAUUCAGAUAUGGACGACACGAUGAGCAACCAGGGGAUGGAAAAACCUAAACGGGAGGGGAAAGAUAAAUCACACGGAAAACGAGAUCAUACGGAUCAUGAUGUAGAUAGUGAUACUGCACAGGUUGGACAUAAUAUCGCACACAUGGAGAAGCACAAGGAAGAUAAUUCCACAUCCUGUUUGAGUACUGACGUAGGAGGUUGCGACCAAGGGAUUCAUGGGCAGGGACAGAUGCACAAACAACUGCGUGAAAAAAAGGCAGGAUUAAAAGAAAAAAAUGGCGAUCAUGAAAAUGAAGCAGAAAAAUUAUCCCCAAUAUCACCAGAAUUCGCCCAGAAUCUUAGCAAAGAUGGAAAUUACAGCGAAUAUAGCAAAAAGGGGAAUAUGGAAACGGAUGAAUUCUCCCCUAGAAAUAUUCUAGACACGCAGAAUUUGGAUGAAAAAAAUGGCCCACACGAAAUAGAACAACAGGGCGUUAAUCCAUCCAUUUUUGAGAAGGAAAAAAAGGAAGAAGAAUGCCUCAACAAGAAAAAUGGAACAUGCAAAGGCAGUGAUAAAGAAGAAAAAAAAAAAAAACAGCUCUACGUGCCUAUUAAUUCGGAAAAUUUUUACGACAUAUAUAAUAGUAACACAGAUAAUGAGACGGCUUUAAAAAGUUGUGCAAGAAGGGGCUGCGAGGAAUCACACUCACUACGGAAAUCAGGCAGCAUUCAUAACCAUGGCACGUCUGAAAGUACAAUAAACAAAUUUUUGAAAGAGGAUAAUAUGGACCAUGAAGAUCUAUACGAAUAUGAACUGGGGGAAAGCGAACAAGAUGUUGAAAUGGCCAUUCAAAAAGGAUACUCUUCUGCACAAGGCUAUCAUACCAAUGGGGGAAACGAAUAUGCGAGCAUCGAAAGCGGUACCAUGGAUGAGGACAGAAAAAGGAAAAGCGUAGAUCUACAACACGAGGGACAGAUGACCACAAAGAAGGAGGAAGAAGGAGGAAGAGAAAAAAAAGAGGAAAGCGUACAAGGGGAAUGCCUGAAAAAUGUCUCUGAAGAUAAAUAUAGCACCCCAGAAGAUGAAGAAACAAAGAGCGAAAUCAGCGGAACGGACCAAAAAAGGACCUUCAACGAUGAUAUUAAGAAGGGUGAGAUCGACAAAUCAAGAUCCUUAACUAGCCAAGGCGAUGUCGAACAUUUCAAUAGCCACACGGAAGAUGACACAAAAGAAGAAGUAAGUGCUACGAAUUUUAAGCAGAAAAAUGACAGAAACAGAGGUGCCAUCUUAAAUGACAAAAUUGAAACAGAGGAGGAAGGAUUAACGCUGAAAUAUAUUCGCGCCCUAUUCGAAACACAAUGUACAGAACAAGCAAAUAAAGAAGAGGAUAAAAAGGAACCAACACGAAAUGGUUACACCAUCCAGGAUCAAAGCGCUAUAAGAACCAACAACAACGAUUGUGUGUAUGUUGAGGAUGAAGGAAAACUAGAGCGUUACGAAACUGAGCAGGAGAAAUCUCCGAAUAGGCAUGAAGACAGAGAAGACGCAGAUUUAACGUAUAAACCGGAAACUCAAAUCGAACCAAAGGGUAAUGGCGAGGAACCAAAAGGGAACGAAAUGGAAAAAGGAAAUAUACACAAUGAGGACAACACCCAAGAGUGUAAACAGGAAAAAGAUUCAAAUGAAUGCGAACAAGCUGUACAGGCUAAAAGCGGACAUAAUGGAUGCAUAGGUGAAACUUUAAAUGAAGCGAUUCUUGAUGGAAAUGAAACAAAUGGAGAACUGAAUAAAAAUGAAAAAGACAGUGAAAGGGAUUGUGGAAAGUGCAAAGGAAGUAAGAGAAACCUAUCUGAAAUGAACAUACCAAUUGGCCGUAUCACCCCCGAAAAUGAUGAUAAAAGCAGCAGCGACCAGCGUGUAAGUAAAAAUGAUGACAUAAGAGAAAGUACAACUCGUAAAGGCACGGACACUCCGGGGGGGAAUGAUGGCAUAACCCAAAAUUGUUACGCUAUUGUUAAAGCUGAAUUCAAUGAAAAGAACAUAUCUGACCCUACUCAAAUGCUGAAUGAUGACAACGUUAACCAGGAAAUUGCACAUAUAGAUUCGAACAAAGUGACAAGCAGUGAAACAAUAGCAGGCUAUAAUCCUCUCUGCAUAGAAAUAAACAAGAAUGAGUUAUUUAAGCAAUUACAUAUCAAAGAAAAUCGACUACGCUACAUUAACUUCCUGUAUCACUCAUUCGACUAUGAUAAGGGAACAGUUAGCAAGGAAACAGGAAAUGGACCACAAAAUGAGCGACAAAACGGGGCAUCAAAUGAAGAAAAGAACGAAAUUAGCGCCUGCAGUAGUAACGGCUUUAAAAAGGACAGAACAGAGAGUCACCCGCAUAGAGAACACUUUGAAGAAAAGGUGAAGCAAAUUUUUAACCCGACAGAACACCAAGACAAAGAAGUUCACCAGAGCAGUAGUAACAUACAGAGCACAGGAAAUACCACUAAUAAGCCAUUAAAUGAAAAAAUAGAUAACCAAAUCGAAGGCAAUAAAGCUAGUGGCUCUAACAUGUUACGCGAAAAGGAACAGGGCGGUGCAACUCUCGAUAACGACAAAAUUCUCCCAAACAGAGAAACUGAAAAGGUGAAAGAAAAAGAUACCGAAACUGAAGAUAAACAUUGUGAAGUAUCGGAUGGAAAGAAUAAGAAGCACCUCAUUGACCAGAGCAUUAACCACAGCACUGACGACACCGACGAAGACGCUGAUGAGAACGACGAAGAGAAAAACAUUUUGUACGAAGACAUUAAAAGAAACCUAUGGCUGCAAAAUACGAAUCUUUCUGAAAAUAGAGUACAAUACAUCCAAGUUGAAUCGGUGAAAUGCAUCAUGUUGUUUUGCUAUUUGUACAGAAUAAAAUAUUUUCAAGGCAUGCACGAUAUGAUUAUAAGUCUCUUUUAUUUAAACCUUCAACCCUACGAAAUUCUCUGCGUCUUUGAUAAGUUGCUACAUUACUAUGCCCCCUAUUUGUACCUACAAAAUAGUUUCAUGUAUAGAACUCCACGAAUUAAUGCAAGAACACAGGCGGACACGAUCAGUUCCGCCUUAUCAAACAUAACUAUGCAAAUAUGUAACACUAAUGGGAAAUUAUUUCGCCUUCUGUUUCAAUAUUUUUUCCCGUACGUCAGUUAUUAUGUCGAUACGGCAGUCAGCGACACGUGGCCAUCUUUAUUUUUCCUUAACCUUAGCUUCAGCAAAUUCGACAAUGUGUUCUGCUUGCUAUACUUAUGGAUGCGAUUAAUAAAAAUGAAAAAUCAAACGAGUGAAGUUACUUGUGAUUUUAUUCUUUUCAUAUUAUCCUUCUGCAUGUACAAAUUGAGGAUGGUAAAAAGGGAAUUUUACGAAAAAAGAGGUCUAACGAGUAUGUUUACGAAUUCCAGAUAUGCACUGUCAAGCGAGGAGAAAAAAUUGGAUGAAAAAUCUACACAGGGACAGACCGAAAAUUAUAGUCAUGAAGUAAUACAAGAAGUAGACAGGGGUAAAAACAAUCGCAAAAAGGAUGAACAUAAUGGAAGCGACGAAAGGCAGGCAAUACAUGAAGAAAGCGGCAAAGAGGCAGACAACCAAACUGAUAAUAACAUUCACCAUCCGAUAAAGACAAACAAGAAGUGUACUCAAGAAGGGGAAGAAAAAGAAAUUAUUCGAAGAAUAAAAUUAUCCACGUACAGCUCAGAAAUGUUCUCUCUAUUUUUUGAAUUCAGUUCGUCCUUUGAUGACCAUUUUGGGGAUAAAUACAAAAUGCACAUAGACUGUAUAAUAAAUGACAUCCCCAAGAUUAGAGACGUUAUUCCUUCGAGCUUUUUACACUUCCUUACGCAAUAUAAUUCGGCAUACCAGAAGAAGAACAACAGGAACAGGAACAAGAACAGCCACAACGUGAAACAACUCGACGGGUACAUGAAGAACCAAAAAUUAUCCAACAGCGUGACACCACCCCCGGAUGACCAGUUAUGCCUACAUAUAAAACUGUCAGAUUUGUUUUCUAUUCAUAACAAUGUAGAGGGAUAUGAUUUUAUUUUCCUACAAUUAGUGAAGUGCGAAAUAAUUUUGAGCAAGUUGAUAUUGAUUAAUCCUCGUAACUUGGUCAUAGAAAAUUUUGCACGCUUUAAGAAUGUAGACGAAUUUGUCAACCAUAAGAAAAAACUCCAUAUAGCGCGCAAGUGCAGAAGAACAAUGUACAUCGUGCUGUUAUGUUCCCGAGAAAAUAAUACAAAAUUCAAAGAUUGGAACAUCAACUCGAACGAUAGGUAUCUCCAUAAACACAAGACAGACACUACAAGCAACGGAAAAAGUGGAUCCAGUAACGUAUAUUCUAACAGAGUUUUUCUCAAAAGAAACAACAAGAAAAAAUACAUGUGCAUCGAACAUUAUUGUGAAUUCCCCAUAGAUAAUGACUACCUGAGAAACCUCAUAACAACAAUGGUAAAAAACAAUUUUAAGCGUUUAUCUAUACUGAAAGUACAUCCAAAGGUGGUCAAAAUAAGGAAUAAGAAAAAAAUAAUAGAGAAGGAGACAACAGAUCGUAAUGCACCCGUAAAAGAAAAUAGCUUUUUCUUUCAUAUGUUCAACAUAGUGAAAAAAAAGAUAUACCCAAAUAUAGGAAGAGAUACUGAACCCAUGCAGAGUACCCCCCCUCAAAGCAAUCAACCUCAAGAUAACAAUACAGAAUUCGCCUUAAAGGGAAAUAAUUCUAAAAUGUUCAAUGACAGGAGGAUGAGAAAAAGAAUAAACUAUAGCAGCAGAAAACCAGUUUUGUAUUCAAAAAAUGUUAUGCAGAAAAACAAAUAUGAAACCCCCCCAAAAGAAUUGAUUAAUGACCUCCCAAAUGGUUCAUCGGGCAAAAUGCAAAAUAAGGUAGACAAAAAUAUUCAGAUGUUCCUCUUAAAAUUUCGUAAACGUAAUGAAUCAAAGAGACUAGUACAUGGUUUUAAGACCAUUGGAAAAAGAAUGAAUUUAACUUUCGGAUUAUUUCAUAAGCCCUAUGUCGCCCCCGUUAAGCAUCAAUCAAAUAUGAGGAAUAUAUGUGUGCAUAGAACACGCACAAAACAGAGACAGAAGAAAAGCCUUUUCCGAACUUUAAGAAGAAGAGAAAUAAAUUUAGAAGAGAACAAACCACACAGCAAUAAAACCUCGUUGCGCAACGAAACAGACACACAAGAUAAAAUUGGCACCGAAAUGCACUUGUCCAAAAGGACUUACAACAAAGAAAAAAACUCUAUUUUUAUAAAUAGGGGACAAUUCGAUAAGAAUAUUAGGGAAGGAGAAAGGAAAAAUGCAAGUAAAGAAAAAAAAAACGACCCUCUGGAAGAUGCAAGAUAA